CUCCUUCUUACCCGGACACGUUAUCCAGACGCACAAAGUAGCACUAGCUGAUGAGGAUAAACAAGAGUCAGCUGUCACAGAAGCCGUCAACAUGGCAGAGACUCACAGCUUGCAGGACAUGAGGCAGCCGCCAGCCAUCUCGGCCAAAGUGUUCAUCCAGAGAGACUACACCAAUGGCACUGUCUGCCAGUUCCAGACCAAGUUCCCCUCUGAGCUGGAGACCAGGAUUGACAAGCAGCAGUUUGAGGAGACUGUGCGGACGUUGAACAACCUGUACCUGGAGGCUGAGAAGCUGGGAGGCCAGUCGUACCUGGAGGGCUGUCUUGCCUGCCUCACCGCCUACACCAUCUUCCUCUGCAUGGAGACCCACUAUGAGAAGGUCCUGAAGAAGAUCGCCAAGUACAUCCAGGAGCAGAACGAUAAGAUCUACGCUCCGAGGGGUCUCCUCCUCACCGACCCCAUAGAGAGAGGCCUCAGAGUUGUUGAGAUCACCAUCUUUGAAGACCACAUGGGAAGAUAAAAGACCAAUGGAUCGGAUUCCCGCGUGCGUGUGGACCUUCGGAGGCUGGUUGUGUUCGACAGCGCGUGGGGAUGUCACCUCCUCGACCGCCACGGAGGCCCGCCCCGCCUCGCUCUCUCCCUCCUGGGCCCCUUCCCCCCCCCCCCAUACACCGCAUCCUCCCUCACUGCUCAUCGUAAGCCGUCAAGGUUUUGAUUCAGAAGUCCUUAGGAUUGGUUCGUGCCGACCUGCCCAGCUUUCAUCAACCCAUCCAUAGGAGCGGUGGGAGGGAGGAAGGAACUAACUUUUGAGGAUUCGGACUGCGUUUUUACGAUUUUAGCGAAUGUGGCCGAGGAUUUAAAUCUUCACUUCUGCGUCUAAACAAUCUGUCCUGUUCGCCGCUAACUACCCUAACUUGUGUAUGUACAGUAAUGGCCGUCUUACUCCUUUUUAAAUGCAAUACUUAGGCUGUGCUUUGUUUUGAGCGGCCCCUUUUGAGCAUCCACAUCGAUCAAAUGAACUGCUUCCUAGGGAUUGGGAUGUUUUAAGUCGAAGGAAGAAGGUUGUUUGUUUAAGUGUGGCUCCACACACAAGGGCACCCUCCAAACGAAGUAGCCUAAAUAUUCCAUGUAAGAAUGCGUUCUGUUAUCUGUAAUCCAUCUUUGUCCAAGUUUCACAUUUCAAAUACCCCCCCAUCAUGCAUUCUGCAUGUUUUCCCCCAAAAAAAUUAAGCACCAUGGUUCUUUAGUUUGUGUAGUAAACUGUACAUGUCCUCACCUGUGCCAUGCAUAGGAUACAGUGACUGUUGGUUUUGUCGUGCUUUCUCGUGUAGUAAUUGUACUCAUCAUGAUGCCUUUGACCGAAGCAGAGAAGUGCUCUUGAUAGACAGUGCCUGUAUUGGCUGUGAAUAUUGCCUCGUAGUAAGUUCAAAGUUGGGUGCAGUCCGGUGUAUUGUAAUAUUUAUCUUAUUAGAGUUAGCUUUGUUCUACGGUUGAUGGCAAGCAUUACAAACUGAAAAGGAUUCCUGUCCGAGGCCCACCUCGCAAACCUCUUGAUUCUUAAUGUGUUUCAGAUAAAGGACUUGGUUGAGAAAUCUCAGCUCAUGUUAUUGAACACUCCCAGCCAAAACGAGAUUGAAAAGUGCUCACUGUUGCUUUGCGACUAUAAUGUGUUUUGAAUGUGAAAUAUUUUAUCUGAAAUAAAAUAUCUCAAGAUUUUGCAAGUAAUUUAUCGCUACCAAAAUAUAAAGUUACAGAUUUUAUGGAGACUUUGAGAGAUGAUGGUUUAUGGAAGGCACUGCUAAAGCAUUCACAUUACCUAUAAUUAUAAUGUACAUAUGAUUGUGUGUUCUGUUAAAUAAUGAUGAAUGAUGACUCUUGAUUUCAUUUGGCCUUUUUAACUUUUCUGUUAAUUGAGAAAUUAUAACCUUUUAUAUGUUCUUUUUUUUCACAAGUUCACAAGCAAACUCUUCUUAAUCUGUGUAUUGUAUCAAUAAAGAAACUGAAAUAUU